CACUAUAUACAGUCUGUGUUAGGUUAUACAAAAUAAAAUAAACUUGUGGGGUGUUUUAAUGGCGUUUUUUAUAAGAUAAUUAUAACUAAUUCUAGUCGUGACUGUAUCAUAAUUACAAAAAUGCGUAUGUCUAUAGCUAAACCUCUUUAUCAUUACUCAGUAGCCAUAGCUACUGUGGGUGGCUGCUAUUUAUUGAGGGAUUACCUUACUGGUGGUGGGUAUGAUAAUAAAGAAGAAUUAAACGAUAAAAUUGCUAUUGUAACAGGAGCAAAUACUGGUAUUGGCAAAGAAACAGCUUUUGAUUUAGCUAGAAGGAAGGCCAAAGUCAUUAUGGCAUGCAGAGACAUGAACAAAUGUGAAACAACACGCUAUGAAAUAGUAAUGGAGACUAGGAACAAAUAUGUGUAUUGUAGAGAAUGUGACUUAGCAUCUCAAGAAAGUAUUAGAAAUUUUGUAAACCAAUUCAAAAAAGAGCAUUCGCGAUUGCAUAUUCUUAUAAACAAUGCAGGAAUAAUGAGAUGUCCUAAAAGCUACACUAAGGAAGGAAUUGAAAUGCAAUUUGGUGUCAAUCAUAUAGGACAUUUCUUACUAACAAAUUUGUUAUUGGAUGUUUUAAAAGAUUCUGCACCAUCGAGAAUUGUAAAUGUUUCAAGUGUUGCUCAUAAACGUGGUAAAAUAAAAGUGAAAGAUUUAAAUAGUGAAGAAAAGUACAAUCCUAGUGAUGCAUAUGCUCAAAGUAAAUUAGCUAAUGUCCUAUUUACAAAAGAACUAGCAAAGAGACUAGAAGGAACUGGUGUUACAGUAAAUGCAGUCCAUCCUGGUACAGUCAAUACAGAAAUAGUACGACAUAUGACAGUUUAUAAAUAUUUCAUUACUCGUAUCUUUGUAAAACCUUUAACAUGGUUGUUCGUUAAAUCGCCUAAAAAAGGGGCACAAGUUGUUAUUUAUUCCGCAAUAGAUCCAUCUUUGAAUGAUGUAACUGGUGCUUAUUUGAACAUCUACAACAUUGCAGAUGUUUCUGCCGCAGCAAAGGAUGACCAAAUCGCAAAAUGGCUGUGGGCAGUUAGUGAAAAGUGGACUAAAUUAAAUUAUGUAUAAUUACAUCAUAUAUCAUUUAAUAAUAAAGUGUUACAAAAU